AUGUCCACCACAUUUGUUGAGCAUGCCGACCACAACUCCGCAGCUUUUAAGGCAGAAUAUCGUGCUUAUAUGAAACAGGCAUGGUCCGACGACCUUAUCGAAAGACGACAGGCGAAGUUUUUAGACUACUUCUUCGACGAGUGUAAUAGCAGAGGUUUGCGUGGUUAUGACAAAAUGCGGCUUCAUUCCAUAUUCAUGCUGUUCAUAAAAGAACACAUGCAGAAAACGCAACUUGAGUUUGAAAAACUAGUCAGAGGCAAACGCAUAAACGAAGGCUUCGCAGCCGAUGAGAAGGUUUGGGUACAGUUCAGAACAGAGUCAUUCCCCAAAGUGCAACCGCAACCCACCCUUCCCUUUGAGUACAUCAUGAGGCCGCCGCCGCGAGUCAAUUGGGUUCCCGCACGUCUACGCUCGAUUACGGCUCACACCGCCGAAAUCAUCACUCAUCAGACACCUGUGUCACCCUCAGAGUCAAAAGCCAAGCCACAAGUUCGGCCCCAGAUUCUUUUGAAUUCUCACAAGGCGAAUGCACACCCAUCUCAGGGGAAAAAACAAUGCGAAUCCGAGUCGUUGUUGAAAGAUGUGUUGGUAUCUAAUGUCUAUAAAUUCAAGAGGAGAUUGAGUGUUGGGAGCAUGUUGCACAAGGAAUCGGUGAACGUUAUCAUUUAUACCACAUCGUCAAAGUAG